GACUAUGUCAUGUAACCUGCGGAAGUAAAUGCACCAACAUGUCUGACAAAUAUUUGGAUACAUUAUUAUUGGAUGUGUUUUAUGAAGUUUCAUCAGAGAUUUUUUAUUGAUUUUUCAGAUAAACCAUGGCUGUCCAUGGGAAGAAAGCACCACAUCCAUUUUUGUCCUCUGUCAUUGAUUCUGAUGAAUACCUGGAGGUCUACUGUCAACCAUGUAACAUUAAAGGAGAAAGGCUUCCUGCUCAUGGCUUUUGCACAGACUGCAAUGAGCACCUUUGUGGCACUUGCUUCAAGCUUCAUAUGAAACAUAAACUCUCAAGAAAUCACACCCUUCUAGACAAAGAAAAUAUGCCUAAAAGAAUGCAUGCACCAACAUCUUCAUCUGUUCAUCUGCAUCAGUCUGAUGAACUAACCAAAGCUUGCUUAAAACACCAAAAAGAAAUGAUCAAAUUUUACUGUCAUGACCAUAAAGAGUUGCUAUGUAGUGUUUGUGUUACACUCCAGCAUUCAGCUACAUUAUGCAAAGUUGACUACAUACCUGACAUUUCUGUAGAUAUUACUGACAGUAAAUACUAUAAUGAUAUCCUUAGAAAUUUGGAUCGAGUAACUGAUCUCUGUCAGAAAAUAUCAGAGGAUACAAGGAAGAGAACAGCAAAAUCUGAAAAAUCUCUGACAGAUGCAGUGGCGGACAUCAGGAAGUUCAGAAAAGAAAUAAAUCAAAGACUUGAUGAAUUAGAAAGUCAAACAGAAGAUGCUGCUAGAGCCCUUCAAGAAGAGAUCAGAAUUAAUCUAAAGACAGUGGAGAGAAACUGUGAGGAUACAGCCACAUCUUUGAAGACAACUACUGACUUUAUUAAACGUUUGAAUGCAACUGGACAAGCAGACAGAUUAUUCAUGGAAUUGAAGAUGACAGAACAAAUGAUCGAAGAAUACGAAAAGAAAGUUCAACAAGUGACAUCAUACGAUUUAGAAGAAUAUGCCUUUCAAGCAAAUGAUGAGCUUUCAGCCUUUUUAAAGAACGAUAUGGCACUUGGUACAUUUUCCAAGAAAACUGCAAAUAAACCAAACGUUUCAUCAUCUGAUCAUGUAAGAACCAGACAAGCUAAUCGCCAGACCGAAAUUGGUGUAAAGACAUCGGGAGAUAAAGAGAUGUGCAGAAUAUCAGGUAUGGCUGUCUUUACCCCAGAUCUUCUUAUCAUCACUGAUAACUUGAACGAAGCUGUUAAAUUAAUUGAUGUCAGAGGUCAAUGUGUCAUACACCAGAUAAAUGUAAAUGGUAAACCUUGUAAUAUUACCGCUAUUAGCAGUACUGAAUUUGCUGUCACACUUCCAUUUCGGAAAUCUAUUCAAUUCAUAUCAGCAUCCUCGAGCAGAUUGUCAAUGAAAACUGCUUUAAAGGUUAAUGGAGAGUGUUAUGGUAUUAGUUGUUACAAAGGGAGACUAGUCGUGUCAUUUUGUAACCCAGCAAAACUCCAAAUCCUUGAUGUCAACGGAACAGUUCUGUCAGAUUUCACGGGAGAAAAUAUCUUCAGCAAUCCAGUAUAUGUUGUAGCUUGCAGAGAUUUUAUAUAUGUAUCAGACUGGAAUAAGGGAACAAUUACAAGGUUAAACUGGCAGGGGGAUGUGUCUGGUAUUUAUGAUGUUAUGGAUGGUCCAUAUGGAAUAACACUGGCAAAUAAAGGUACACUUUUUGCUUGUGAUUACAGCAAAGGGGUAAUAGAAGAAGUGUCAGAUGACUGCUCUAAAGGAAACAUUCUCAUGAGUGAUUUAAAGAGACUAGAAACUACCUGUUGGUGUGAAGAAACAAAUGAACUCUACUUCAGCAAUUUCACUAGUGAUGCAGAAUAUGAUAACUUUCUUCAAGUUUACAAGUUGUCAUAAAUAUCGAAAAUAC